CGCAUACGAUGACCGAUUCAGUCGCGCACGCCUCACCGACGUGGAGAACGUACUCAUUAGACCCGUCGCUGCAACCGGACUGGAUGAACGGCACGGCGGAGGUAGAGGCGGUCAAAACAGCGGAGGAUGAACUCGAGCGCUCGUACAAGAACAAGCCAUUCUUCAAGAACACAAGCUACGAGGCAUUCGCCAGAAAACGAGGCGAGUAUGAUAAACCGACGCCCGACGGCCUCGAGGAGUUCAAGCGUCUCCUACGGGCGAGUUAUCUUCGCACCGUAGAGCGCAUCGAUGAAGAUACCCAAGUUCUGGAAGCCCAGCUACAAGACGAGAAUAUCUCUGAAACGCGACGGUCGGUUAUCCCGCAGCACAUCGAGGACACUCGUGCGAAAUUAAAAGAGCAAGACAAUUCAUUGAACGCGCUGUGCGCCGAUGUGGAUGCGGUUAUCGCAGAUUUGAAAGGCUUGCCCGAUAAAAUUGCCGACAUAAAAGAACACGCCUCUGAACAACUUCAGCAACACAAAAGAAAAAGAACCAGUAUAUCUUUGGAACGCAACCUCGAGGAGCUGAGCGAUGCGCUGCGCAGCUACGAGGCGAAAAAAGAACAGGAGAGGCUCACAAUUACCGAUUAUCGUGGGAAAUAUGGGUCAUGUCCAUCCCAGUAUGUUCGCCAGACCGCCUGGGCACGCAGACCUUCUGGUCGUGAAGAAAUUAGCUUCAUUGUUCAUCCUGUGGGUGUCAUUGGCUGCGAUGGCAGUAACCUGAGCGUUGAUGGACGUGUUUCGAUUGAUGGUUAUGGUGAGUUUAACGUACCAAAAUGGCAGCCUGAAUGGGGACCUGAGAAGCAAAUGUGUGCGUGCGAAUGCUUCCAAGAGUGGUACAAAGUCGACGCCCAAGACCUUCUUUACAGCGCGCUUCGUGGCGUAGAGGGCGCGCUAAAGGCGCUCAGUGGUUCGGGAGAUGACACGUCUUCGCUUCGACGGCGCUUGGGCGAUGCCAAUUUGGACGAAGCAAGCACGGGGAGUUAAUAUAUGUGGACGUAUAUUUUGUUGUCCACGAAUGGCGCGAUAUAGAAUAACGAUAACUAGCCGCUCUCCACCGCCUCCAGUCUCGACACAGUAUCACUGAGUUCACUGCGAAGUUCGUCGAUUUGCUGAUCUCUCGAGGCAACGGCGGCCUCUAAAUCGGCGAUUUGAGCGUCGUGCUCGACGAUUCUUUCGUGCAGCUCCUGGUUUGACUUGACGAGCACAGGAAUGAUUUGAGUGUAUUGCGCGUACGGCUACUCCCGACACGGCGACGUCGUCAACGGGUUCGGGAUGUUCGGUAAGAUCGGGCGCCACGCCUUAUUCGUGGACGCCGCCCUGGAAAACGCGCACGCGGACUUCGGCGCGCGUCGCUUCUCCGUGCGUCGCGUCGAAGUCUGGGCGCUUGAGGCGCGCGCGCCCGGAAUCGACGCCGGCGCUUCGCCGCGCGCGGCGACGCGCGAUCGAGCGACGAUGGCGCAGUUUACGUCAUCCGCGAUCGCCCGCGACGUCCUCGACGCCACGACCGGCUGACAUCAAGACCGCGACGGAACGUCGAGGAAAGAUCUCGUCGACGCGCUGUUUCGCGAGUGCGGCGGACCAGAAGGUGUGGGAGGCGCUGACGGAUACGCGCGGCGUACGAGGCGACGUUCGCGGCGAUUGAGGACGCGCGUCGCGCGAGAUAGAUGAUAGAUUGAUACUAGAUAGAUCUGAUGCAGCUCCUAGGCAGUCUCCUACGCGGUAGGA